ACUGCAGACAAAUAUAUUCCACUCUUGGCCAUCUCAUUCUCUUUCUAGCUUCGUAUCUGUUGUGUCUGUGUGUGUGUGUGUUCCCGAAUCGUUAUUUUGCUACAAGUAGCAGAUAUUAUUAAAAUUUUUCGUAUUUAAUUAUCAAAAAUUUGAUUUGACCAUCACUGUGAACACACUCACACACACACACACACACACAAGAAAAAUGAUAUAUCACACAAAGCUAAGAAACCUAAUCUCUGCUCAUCAGUCGGUGUAUGGAAAAUUAUCACAUGAUAAUCCAAGUGAUUUACAGAAAAGUCAUCUUCGAAAAUUAUUGAGUCAAAUACAAAGAGAAAUUGAAAAAUUGGUCAGAGAGAAAAAAAAGAAAAAUUCGCACACAUUUCAAAGACAAAAAUCGAGCUCAUAUCUAAAAUUGAAAAAUGAAAAUGUUCGAUCGAAAAUUCAUCGUCGAUUACCAUUAUCGAAUCGUGUUAUAAAGAGCAAAAAUUCAAUUCGGUAUUUUAUCCGUAAAGAUGGAACCAAUAAUCGAAUCGAUGCCGAUAAAUUGUUUGAACUACGACUAUCAGCCAAUCUAAUCGAUGAUGGUGGUCAUAUUGAUGAACGAUUCCUGAUGAUUCGUAAGGAAAAUGGUUCCCUACAACAAGAUGAUCCAAAUGAAAAUGAAAAUGAAUCAAAAGAUUGCUGUAAAAAUGAUGACGUAUUGGCCGAUCAAGAUUCUGAUGAUCAUUCAUCAUCCUCUUCCACACAAUGCAAUAAUCGUGAUAAAAAACAUUGCGAUGGCCAUGGUAAAAGUAUGGAUGACAAAGAGGAUUUUAUCCGAAUGCUUGAACUUGUACAUAAGAAUGAUCUGGAAAAGAUGGCCAAUUGUAAAAAGCCAAGAAAACGACGUACAACAGCCAAUCCACAAUUUUCACAUGCAGCCAUCGAAGCUAAACGUAUUACGAAAAUGGAAAUUGCCAACGAACGUCGACAUCGGCGAAAGAUUGCCUUGGAAAAACAUCAUAACAAAUCGGGUAAACCACACAGUAACCCUAACGAUUAUUUGAGAUCGAUGAAUGUUUUCAAACAAACAAACGAAAUGUUUCCAGGCCUUUUCUGUAUAAUGACCGAUUUGAAUAUGGAACAAAAUGAUCAUUGCAAAUUAUGUUCGGAAAUUUGCCAUUUCGCUGACGAUACAAUUGUCAUAUGUCAGUCAUGUUUAUCAAUGUUUCAUGUCGUUUGUUUGGAACGACAACAUUUGAUGAGGAAUGGUCACAUGGAUUCGGAUCAAAUUCGUUGUUGCACUUGUCAUCCUUCAUCAUCAUCAUCAUCAUCAUCGAUUGCGAUUAGCGAUGAAUUGCAAAAACAAGAGAAUCUUAUGAUAAAAUUGGCCAAGAUGCGAAGACAGAUUCUAUUGUCAUCGAAUGCUAACCAUUGUUUGGAACAUAUCCUCAAGAAAAAACAAAUGAAAAAGGAAAGACUUACCGCUGAUCUGAAUGAAUUACGGCUGACCGAAGAUCGUAUGAUUAAAAUAUGCAACCGGCUUAAUGAUAUAAUUUCCAGUAUUGACAACAUUGACCACGAUAAUAAUAAGAAUAAGAAUGACGAAAUUAUAGCAAUCGAGAAUCAUUCCAUUGAUGAUGAACAAAGAGAUUCGAAUGUGGAAAUGUCCAAGUCAAGUUGCGAUAGUAUCGAUUCCAUCGAUAGAAUCCAUACAGAUUCAAUUCUUAGUAGUAAUAAUAGACAGACCGAUAGUAAUAAUGAACAAACUGUUGAAGAAUUUUCCAUCCUAUCUUUUUGUGCAUAAAAAUAUUUCCUCUUUAACACAACAAUUGCUUAUUCUCUUUUUGUUUGUUUGUUUAAUUUUUGAAUUAAAAAUUAACUAAAACACCAA